AUGACAUCUCUAAACAUGGGCAGAAAAUUGUUGUUACAAAGUGAUAAAGGAAAUGAUGAUACCGAAGGUAUAAUUGCUUCGACUUAUGCUUACCAGUUAUCCAAAAUUGAUAUACCUUCAUUUUUUUCUAAACCAGUAGAGGAAGAAGACUGUGAUUUUUAUGAGGAAGGAACCAAUUUGGUAAGUAAGAAUGGUAAAUGUAUCUACCAGUCCAUUGAUAGGCAUCUAGAUUUUCUAAGACCUGGAUUAAGAUUUGGUGGUUCACAAUCUUCUAAAUACACAUAUUAUACUGUGGAAGUGAAAAUUGAUACUGUGAACCUGCCUCUUUAUAAGGCAUCGCAUUCUUUGGACCCGCACGUCACAGGCACCUUUACUAUUCGAAAUUUGACACCAGUCUUAGAAAAAGUGGUGACCCUUUUUGAAGGGUACGUUAUUAAUUAUAAUGAAUACCCAUUAUGUUCACUUCACUGGCCCGCUGAGGAGACUCUUGAUCCGUAUAAAGCACAGAGGGAGAGUGAUUGCUCUCAUUGGAAGAGGUUCGGUCACUUUGAUACUGAAAACUGGGUGUUAGCGGACAGAAAUUUUGGUCAGCAUAAUCAUAAAAAUGCAGAAUUUAUGAAUCAACGGUAUAUUUACCUCAAGUGGAAGGAGAGAUUUCUCCUGGAUAACGAAGAACAAGAAAACCUUACGUUGAAUGAUAUCUACCAUCUGGAAGGAGCAUCGUUUGAAGGAUUUUACUAUGUGUGUUUAGAUCAAUUAACAGGUUCAAUGGAAGGAUAUUACUAUCAUCCCGCUUGUGAGCUAUUCCAAAAACUCGAACUGGUUCCAACUAACUGUGACGAUUUAAACACCUACUCGAGUGGAUUUGAAAUUGCUUAA